UGGAGGCUGCCACUUUGCCAUAAGUUCGCCAUUUGCUCCAGAGCCUGAAGCCUGUCAGCAUCACUCACUCCGCAUCCGGUCCGUAAACGCGCCACCAUGACGCACAUCUCUGCCCUGGUCCUCCUCACCUCAUCCCUCCUGCUGUGGACGGCUGCAGAAGCCUCGCUCCUCUGUGUCUGGACCAAAGUUUUGCCGAACGACGACGUGCACCACAGCUUCCUCCGGCGGGACACUGCAUCUCUGCGGCUGUACCACAGCGCCUGGUCCGGCGCGCACACUCUGCUCGGCUGCGCUUGGAGCGAUGACGCAUCGGUGAUCCAGAACUAUCUGUCUCUGUGCGCGGAGAACACGCACGACUUCACCGAUCACCCGGAUCCAAAUGUACAUUUGAACUCAGUGUUCGGGCCCGAGGAGCGGUGCGUCUCUCUGGACUCUCCAUGGCUGGAAGGAGCGUGGUGGCCCUGGGUUAACAGGCCGCUGGGCAACGAUGGAGGUCUCCCCGAGGCUGAGAAGAGUCAGGGUCAGGAUGACAGGUCAGAGGUCAGGACCCAUGUGCGUGUAAAGCGAGGUUUCAUUGUACCUGGGACACUCUGGUGCGGCUCAGGAAACAAGGCGCUGUCAUAUGCUGAUUUGGUCCCUCUUGCCUUGUCUUCUGCAGGAGUAUUUUCGGACACAGACAGCUGCUGCCGGGAGCACGACCAGUGCAAAGACACCAUCCUGUCCUUUCAUUCUGAGUUUGGUGUCUUCAACAGCAACAUCUUCACCAUGUCUCACUGUGACUGUGACAACAAGUUUCGCAGUUGUUUAAUGGAGGGGAAUGACAGCAUAUCUGAUGUGGUGGGAUACACCUUCUUCAACCUGCUGAAGAUGCACUGCUUUGAGUUCUCCCAUCGACUCCAAUGUCAACAGAGAAACUGGUUUGGAAUGUGUAAAGAGACUAAAAUGGCUGUGUAUGCUGAGGUCCAUUCCCCCAAACCAUACGAGUCUACCAAUUCAAGAGAGGCCGGCAUGAAUGGCACCAUCUCCAACACCACCGCUCCUGCAGAGUUCCCAGAGAGCAUCACGUCCCACCCACAACUUUCCUCCAUCACAGUCCCUACACCUUCAACAAGUUCCCCCUCCUCCUCCUCCCUCGCUCCUGUUACCAAUGUCACCCCCCCAACGGUCACAACCAUAUCAGAGAAACCUACUGGAUCAGUACCUGAGAGUAGAAACCAUCUGAGCACCCCACCCAUCCACACCCAAAUGGUGACUGAGCUGGACGCUAAUAUCUCAGGGAUGCAACUAUCGUGUGGUGUUUAUAAGGAUCUCGAUGAGUGCAGACACAAGAUCCUUCCUCAGCGGAUGAAAUAUGGCAUCAACAACCCAGAGCCCAGGACACUGUACCACUGCAAUUGUACCAAAAGAUUAUUCCAGAGUUUGGUUAAACAGAGACAACUGACCGAAGUACAUUCUCUUCUGCUCGGACGCGUGUCUGGAUCUUGCUUCUUCCCACAGGACUGCACUACAGGCAAAACCUGUACAGCAGUCCUGGUCAAGGCAGACCUUCCUCAGCUCGAGCAGAAGAGUGGUGCUGAGGUGGAGGAGCAGCGCCAUCUACAGGCAGUGCAACUGAAGGUCAGGAGGCCAAACACCAGGAUAGCUAAAAGAAAAAGCCGAGCUGUGAAGCUCCACAGACUGUGUCUAAGGAUGACACGGCCCAAACAAAUGAACAAGAGCGGGAAACAAGGUCAAAACACUCAGGGGCCAGCUGUAUGAAGAAGAGAGCUUGUCUGCAAGGGAGUAUUAUGGAGACCCAAAGCUUCUGAUACUGAAUAAGAACAUAAGACAUCAUGAAGUUAAUAAUCAUAUGAAUAUAUACAUACAAAAUAUACAUACCAACAAAACACACCAUUCCAUAAGGUAGUAGGGUGAAGUGAGGGGAACUUAUUCCUGACAUGGUCCCAAGAUUUAUACAGAAAACAUAAAAACACUCUGGAAAAGAAUUUUAAAUCUUACAAACAAAAACUGCCCAAAUUGUAAAAGCAGCAGGGUGGAAGAUCACUUCAUAAUUAUGAGCUGAUUCACAGUUACGCCCUGAUUAUUUCACAACUGCAAGGUCUACAUAUAUUAAUAUGAUUGCUUUAUAAUCCUUACACACAUUAACUGCACUGCACAUGUGGAGGCUGGAGCCAAUCCCAGCUGAGAGGGCACAUGUUUCAUCCUGGACAGAUACUCAGGGUGUCCCAGGGUUGACAAAUAGAGACAAACGACCUUUUAAAGUCAUAGUCCCACCAAAGGCAGAUCAAUCACACCCACACAGGCAUAGGGAGAACAUACCAGCUCUGCACAGGAAGGCCUCAUUAUGUCUUGUUUAUUUAUCACUUUGGGUCCCCAGUUUAUAUUGUAAUAUUUUGUAUUUAUAAUGUAUCAUCAGGGAUGUGGUAAAGCUUAGCUUUCAAACUUUGAAACAAAUGUUUUCAAAAGAAUAAAUAUACUUUUGUCAUGUAAUAGCAGCAAAGGCAUAGUUGUAACUAAUGACAUUAUUUAAAACAGCAUUUAAUUGAGUUGUGGCAGUUCAUAAGCCCUGGAUCCAUCAUUAGAAUUAUCUUCCAUAAACAUCUAUAGUGCAUAUUGGUUGUUGUUAUGCAGAAUAUAUAAUAACAAGGAGGUCAAUGUUUAGUCACCUUUUUAUGCACCACUGAGACUGUUCAAAAUUCCCCAUUAGCCACCGAUGAGGAUACUCAGGUCUGUCCUUAUUACUUCUGAGAGUGUUUGCUAGUUUUAAAACCUCCAGAGAUUGUUCUAAUGAUAUUCUUAAUAGCUUUAAAUUUGAAAUGUUUAAAGUGCAAAUAUAAGUCUAGUUUAAAUUAAACUAUAUUAUUUAGUAUUUCCCCAUAUGAUGGAUGUUAUAUUUAGCCGGAAUACAACUUAAUAGUUCAAUGAAUAAAUAUAAAGUGAAAAACUUUUCAUGUAAUAUACGCCCAAACGUCAACCGUUCAUGUAUUGAAGUGUCAGCUCUUGUUACUUGUGAAUGUUUUAACUGUAUUGUUUGAGUUGUAGACUGAUGCACAUUAUGUUGUUAGCACCAUAAUGACAAAGGAAAGUGUACAAAGGGAACAUUUAUGUAAAUAUUUGUACAUAACAAAACAUGUUUUGAUGUGUGAAGGAAAUGUAUGACUUGUGAUUUAAAUGAAGAAUCUGACCAUUUUUAA